ACACACACAAAGGGGAAAAACACUGUACAAACACACAACUUAAACAAGCCGUAUAUCUACAACAUCUGCCCACUUAUAAAUCCAUCAUUCUUUAUCUUUAUCAUUACAUUCUUGUUUUUAUUGCAGCUGUAACUCCUGUAUGCUGCUCAGUUACAUAACUUCUUUAACACAUUUAGUCUUUAGAUGUCAGGAAAUUAUUUAAAAAUGCAUUUUCUACAUGUGUCUCACUUCAACUCAUCAUCCAGCAAAAACCGAUCAUUACAUGUUUACGAUGGACGCACGAUGGAUUUCUUUCGGCCGAUAUGAUAACUGAUAAUUACCCGAAUCUCGUGGCCAACACCCAUAAAACAACCGAUAAUAGAAACAAACAUUUUUAUGCUUCUGUAUUCACACCUGAGUGCAAGAACUUCUAAGAUGUUUUGAACUAAGAAGGUUUAUUUGAUAUUCCAGCUGCAAUAUAAUUUGUUUGCCGCUACGAGCGCGACAUCAGCACAUUUGUUCUUAUAGCAAUGUAGCGAAUGUCUGCAUAACCAAGAAAGUGAUUCGAAAUAAUGCAUACAUGUUUUUGUCCCACAUCUAUUAAUGAACAAACAAAUCAACUGAUAAUUGAUUUUCAAGGCCUCUACUGAUAAAGUAAAUAAAAUCAUAUAUUUAUCGAUAUAUUUGCUGAUAUAUGCAUAUUUUUCUUGCAAUGAUCCCUUAGACAUCAGAAAACAGUGUUUUUCUGUCGGUCGUAUCACACUUCUGUUUUCUACAUAAGACAUUUUCUUCAUGUGUCUCACUUUUGACUCAUCCUGCAAAAAACCUGACUUCCUAUGUUAACUUGUGCAUUUAAUGAAUGUCUGCCAGACUAAACACAAAGAGGACAAACAGGCUGCACAAACAACACACAUUCACACACCUGCCAACUUGUAAAUCUGUGAUUCUGGUGUCUAUUUAACACUUGUUGUGUAUUAUUACAUUGCUGCUCUUGCAGAUUUAUGUUCUGUUUGCUGGGGAGUGACAUUUUAAUUAAAUGCACCAUUUGUCUGUGUGCCACCCUUUUGUUAAGGUAUGUUUCCUGGAGUGUGUGUGUGAGUGUGUGGGUGGGUGUGCACAGGUGUAUUUGCAUGCAUGUCUGCACCUACUGAGGGUUUGUGUGCAGGCAUUUGUCCUACUUUUAAGAAAGGGUGUGUGUGUGAAUGUGAGGGGGUAUAGUGUGUACAACAACUGCUGUCGUUCAGCAGGAGAAAGUCCACAUUCCCCCCUUUGUGUGUGUCCCUGUCGCUUUGCCGUGUGUGUGUUCGUGUGAGUCUGUGAGUGUGUGUUUGUGUGGCUGUGUGUGUUUGUUUCCAGCUCUCUCUCACCGGGCUGGGUGCGUUAUAUACUGAGGGCUUCCUGCUGCAUCCAUCCGCCUGAACAUUAAAAAGCGCCGACCUGUCACCCGCACAUUGUGAGGGUUUUUCGUAGAGAUAGUGAAGCCGGUGGAAACAACCUCUUGACGCCCCCUGUCCCCCCCGCUCAGGACAACAAAGGCAGCUCCUCACACACUUGAACCACAGCAGAGCAGCAGUUUGAAAGCUUCCAUCAGACUCAUGACUGUUUGAGACGACACGGACCCACCGUGGCCGAUGCACUGUACCCGUUUCCCUCCCUGCCCUCCUUAUCCCUCAAGCUGACGCAAAACCCCAGACACCUCCCCCCCCUCCCCCACCCCCACUCCCACCCCAUCCCCAGCGACUCGCCGCCUCCCCCCAUGGCGCCUGGCACAGAGACCGUGCACUACAUCCACCUUCACAACUCCAGCCAGUCAGUGCUGGAAGCCCUGCGCACGCAGCGGCGUGAGGGCCUCUUCUGUGAUGUGACCGUGCGGAUACACGAUGCUUCACUGCGCGCCCACGCCUGCGUCUUGGCAGCCGGCAGCCCGUUCUUCCAGGACAAGCUGCUGCUGGGUCAUUCUGAAAUCUCUGUGCCACCGCUGGUGCCCGCCGAAACCGUGAAGCAGCUUGUGGAUUUCAUGUACAGCGGCUCGUUGGUAGUGCUGCAGUCGCAGGCCCUGUGCAUCCUCACCGCUGCAAGCAUCCUGCAGAUCAAGACGGUCAUUGACGAGUGUACCCAGAUCAUCUCUCAGAGGAAGGCCGCGGCCGGGGCCGCUGCUGCUGCUGCGGCUGCCGCGGGUCGAGGGAUGCUCGGAGGAGUUCUCCCUAAACAAGAAGAGCGUGGCGACGGGAAAGGGACAGAGAGAGGCGGCAGUGGAAGCUGUUCUGUUGGUGGUGGAGGUGGGGGCGGAGGUUACGCAAACUUCUCUAACUUCAUGGCUGAAUGCGGGGCUAGUAACAUGAGCGGGGGGUUAGGGGGUGCCAGCGUCAAUGUCAGUGAGAGUGGCCCAGGACCGAUGGAGCAAGCCAACACCGUCAGUCUGAUGGCGCUAGGCGACAUGGGCCCCGGCUCCAUGUGUGGCGGGGACGGUCUGGGCUCCGGGCCCGGCACAAUCCUCAUGAAGCAGAGCCCCAGCUGUACUCAGGACGUCAGGUACAAGCUCCGAGACCUGUUGGCGCAGACGGCCAACGGAGCCAGCACUAGUAGCACAGGGAACCUCUCGGCGGGCUGCAGCUCCGGUGUGGGCAGUGUGGACAGCAUCGGCAGGGACAGCCUCCGCGGCAACACAACUGACCUCUCUGAUGACCUGGUGGGGAUGGACAGAUACAGCGAGGAGGAGGACCUGGACGGGAGAGAGCGGGGAAGAGACGGAGACAGAGACAGGGGGGCGAGCCACAGCCGCAAGCAGAGGCAGCCGCUCAGACUCCAGGUGCUGGGAGGAGAGGGAGUGGUGGUGAAAGAUGAAGGUGUUCAGGACACAGAUGGGACCGUCUAUGCCUUGGAGGACGGGAGACGAGAUGGGGGGCAGGAGGGCUCCCAGGAAACCAUGGCAGGCUUUGGACAGGAUUUCUACGAUGAGCAGGGGGUGUUUUCGGAGAGUUUCUGGCCCCAGAGCGAGCCGCCUCAGGCCAUGGCCUUCAACCCUAGAGGCAGGGUCAACAAGCCUCUGACUCCGCCUCCAACCACACAGUCCAUGAACAACCAGCUUCUUUUCCAGUACCCAGUGAGCCAGUCGCAGCCCGCUCCGUUCUACGUGGGCGGGCCCAUGGGUGGGAUUGACAAUAUGGCGGGGACGGAGCCCGGUCAGCAGGCUCCGCCCCCUGCUCCGAUGACCCCAGCCCCGCCUCCCUCCACCUCCUCCUGCUCUGCAGGCCCCUCCCCUUCCUCCCAGGGAUCUGAGACCUCGUUCGACUGCACGCACUGUGGCAAAUCUUUACGUUCCAGGAAGAACUACAGCAAGCACAUGUUCAUCCACUCCGGUCAGAAACCUCAUCAGUGCUCCAUCUGCUGGCGCUCCUUCUCCCUGCGUGACUACCUCCUCAAACACAUGGUGGUGCACACUGGAGUCAGGGCCUUCCAGUGCUCCAUGUGCGGCAAGCGCUUCACCCAGAAAAGCUCGCUCAAUGUGCACAUGCGCACCCACCGUGCCGAGCGCACCUUCCAGUGCAACGUGUGCCACCGGGCCUUCACCCACCGCACCUUGCUGGAGCGCCACGCCCUGCAGCACGCCCACCACGCCCCCCAGGCCCAGGGCCAAGGCCAGGGGCGUGGGCCCGACAUGACCUCACCUACCAAGCACAGUCCUCCGGCUCUGGGAGGGCCCUCAGGUAUGGCUGGCGCGGCUGGCAUGGUUGGUGGCAUGGCCAACAUGCCCAGCCACGGAGCUUCCUCCACCUAGAGAGAGAGCGAGAGAGGGAGAGAUACGGGGGAGGUUAGUGAGCCCAUUCCUCGAACCAACACCUAAUUGGUCCUAACAGCCUUGUUGAUUUUUUGUUCUGGUGGGAACAGCGCUCAUGGUUCUGAUUGUUUUAGCUCAAUGACACCUUCAAUCAGGGUUCCUACACAGGGCUGAAAGGCUUUUGAAGUUUUGAAAAUUGUGUAUAUUUUAAAGUUGUUUUGGAAUUGCACAGAAACACAGGAAAAGUUUGUAUAAACAAAAAAAAAAAAGUAGUUGUUCCUUCUCCGGACACCCAUCUUUAAUAGUUGUUGUCCUACUGUCAUUUCCUGUGUUGUGACAUUUGUUGCUGUGACGACUAAUCAUUCGGGCGACAUCACUAACAAUCACAUAGCCAUCCAAAAUAAAGCCAGACAGAUGGUGGAGAGAAGAUGAAGUCUUGAAUCUUUAAGUAGAGAAUGUGUAGGAACCCUGUUUCAAAGACACCAGAGAGUCACCAAAGAGGUUAGGAAUACAGAGCGGGUUUGGGAGUGGAUGAGGAGGAGAGGAGUCGUAGGGUUGGGUAGGGAGGUGAGGGUGGGAUGGGGAUUUGGGUUGUACUGAGAUGCAAGUUGGGGAAAAUGAGGAGCAGGAAGGGUUUGGUGGGGGGGGGGAUGCAGAGCUUUAUUCACCUUCAAUUCAUUUAAUUCAAGCUGGGAGUCAUAUGGUUCUGUCACUUCAUUAAGUGCGAAACAUUUGAAUGUAACAGAGUCUUCUUUCUACAAACCAUCCUUGUGACUCAUUCAAAGCAAUUUGUUUUUGCUAAGAUCUGAGUAAAAUGUUGUCGAAGCCGAUGGAGAAUAACUACGUAAAAAAAAAAAAAAAAAAAAAA